UCUAUCCAUUCACUGUCCAACGUGAAGUCGAGUUGCGCUUAGAUGCAUCCAGUUCACCAAUCAUCACUGCUCUUGUUCACCACGUGUUCUCUGCUGCUGUCCUGCAUCGAUGCGGAAAUGAACCAGGAGAUGAGGGACAAGUUUUUGACUCUGCACAAUAAUGCCAGAGAAUCAGUUCGAAACGGAUUGCUGAGUGGACAGCCGGCAGCUAUUUUUAUGAAACCAUUGAAAUACAAUUUGGAGUUGGAGGAGAAGGCGCAGAAAUUGUCUGAUCAGUGUCGUGUUGGUCAUGACACAGCUGCUGAGAGAAACGUCUCAUCGUUUUCAUAUGUUGGACAAAAUUGGGCAGGUGCAGGAAACAUCGAAGUUGGAUUCAAUCUGUGGCUGAAUGAAUAUAAGGGUUAUGAUUUCAUCACGGGGAAGUGUCGAAUUCGUCGAUGUGGUCAUUAUACUCAGGUCGUAUGGCAGAGAACUACUGACGUUGGAUGUGGUGUUACAGCGUGUCCCGAUUUCCCGUAUGCACUCAGCAUUGUGUGCAACUAUGGACCAGGGGGCAACUACGUUGGCCGUUAUCCAUAUGAAACAGCACCAGGGGUAAUUACAUCGAAACCGCUCUUCAAUCAACUAAUACGAAACACUUUCACACAACGACAAAGCACCAACAAACAAACGACUGCCACGAAACCACCAGACACCAAAUUAUCAGCCACUACUAUGAAAUCGAAAACAUCCAUCACUAGACGAAUUGUUGUCAGAUCGUCAUCACGUUUGAUCAGGGAUCCAUCUCAGUCUCUUGUCGUCAAAGCAGUGUCAACUGUAUCUGGUAAAUAUCCGACAUCAUCAACAUUGACUACCUCCAAAUCUCGGAUUUAUGCAUCAAAGCCAUAGAUUGAUCGAUUGAUGUGGACUACUCUCAAGUGGAAUUAAGUCAACGUCUUGAGUACACACUCCACAUCUUAUCGAAAUUGGCGGAAAUCACUUUGACACUUGGUUAAUUCAUAUUCAGCAUAUUCAUUGUUUUGUUGUUCACUGUUUCCUCAUUGUUCUUCUCUCACUUUGCUUUACAUGCACUAAUCUGAUGAAACAGCUUUUUGUCGCUUAUUUUGGACAAGGAUAUAUUUCCCACUCAUCACUAUUACUAUUAUUAUUACUUUCCACCUCUUAUAUCGAAUAAAAUAUUCAUCGAAA